UUGUAGUCCGGAAGUGUUUCGGGCCGCGGGAGAAACGCAGGAAAAUUAGCGAAAGUUGAAGUUCGUUGUCUGGGAUUUUAUUUUAAAACUGCUCAUUCUGACUCGAGCCACGUUUUACAAACAUCAGCUCCUCAUCCGCGAAAAAACACGGAUUUAACCCACAUUGUGUGGUAUUUAUCAGAGUUUAACCCACUAACGACCAGGAUCUAAGGUCCCGGUCUGGUCCCGGUCUGGUCUGAGAUGGACACGCCCCCCUCCCCCCUGUCCCUGCCCCCAUGUCCUUUGAGUCCAGUCUCUGUGUCCCAAUGUCCUCUGCUGGAUCUGUCAAUUACAGCGGAGCUCUGCCCACAGAACACAAGCAGAGGAACGGUUCCUGCUUCUCAGACCCACACCCAAAACCAACUCAUUAGAGGUCAGAGGAAAGGCCGUCUCCAUGGUAACAGCUCUGCGUCCAAUCACCCCCCAGAACAUUUGGUGACGUCUGGUCAGGUUGCAGCGUGUCCGGAGGGGGCGGAGCUAAAUACCACUCUGGCUCUGAGGGCGGAGCUUCAGUCUCUACAGGAGGUGCAGUGGGACGCUACCAAAGCUUUGAAACAAACUCUGGAUAAAAAUGAGAGAACUCAGGCCCUCAUCAGCUCCAGAGCUACUCAAGGUGUGUCGUUUCCCCGUUGUGCUCGGCUGUACUCGGCGCUCGUGAGCGUGCACGUGCCGGAGGGUCACGUGAUCAGACAGGCGGCUCUUCAAAGACUCCCAUUGGCCACCAAUCGCAAAGCGCCGCCCGCAGCCUCCACCGGCCCCUCCCUCCUGCCGCUGACCUCCGACCUUUGCCACAGGCCCCUUCCCCUGCAGCCCGGCCCCUCCUCCUCUGUCCAGCCCCGCUCCCACAGCGCCCCCUUCAGUCUGUUCCAAAGGCAGCAGCGCUGGGCUGCUGUACCCUGAGACUCUUUAAAGCUCUUGGGACAAUUAGGACCCCCAAGUGUCCCAAGUGUCGCACGUGUCCCAAGUGUCCCAAGUGUUCCAAGUGUUCCAAGUGCCCCAAUUGCCCCAAGUGCCCCAAGUGCCCCAAGUGCCCCAAGUGCCCCAAGUGCCCCAAGUGCCCCAAGUGUCCCAAGUGUCCCAAGUGUCCCACAUGUCCCACGUGUCCCACGUGUCCCAAGUGCCCCAAGUGUCAGCAGCAGCUGUGACUUUUGUUUUGGACUCUGUUUUAUGAGGUCACUGGAGUUUUGUGUGUAAAGUUUCUUGUUUUGUGAAUAAACUUGUCAUGUUUGUGUUUGACACAGACCC